AUGACAUGUGCUCAUUGUAAGAAGUAUCAUCCAUCCAUUCUUCACGUUGAUCCUCGACAGAAUGAAGGAACAAAUGGAGCUUCAACUUCAAGAGAACAUACUGACGGUGAAAACCCUUUGUUCGCUAUGUCAUCUACAGUUCAUAUGGGGGCUGGAAAACAAGCGCUACCUAUUGUGCCGGUCAGAGUCAAGUCAAAGUUUAGUGACAAAUACCUGGAAACAUAUGCUUUCCUUGACUCAGGAAGUAAUGCAACAUUCUGUUUGGAGGACAUUGCAAGAUUGUUAAAACUGGAGGGAAGGAAGAUGAACCUCAACCUUACGACAAUGGGCCAACAGCAUACUCAGACUUCUCAUGUGAUUUCCGGGUUAGAAAUAUCCGACAUCAAUGGUGUGAAUGUGUUGGAACUUCCUCCGGUCUACACACAACCUACUUUACCUGCAUCGAGGACAGAUGUGAUUUCUCCAGAGGAUAUUGAGAACUAUCCAUAUCUCAGUGAUAUUGAACUUCCCAGGAUUGACAGUGAUGUGGGAAUUCUGAUUGGAGUCAAUGUGCCUAGGGCAAUGGAGCCUUGGGAUGUUAUACCCAGUGUUGAUAAUGGACCGUUCGCUGUAAAAACUUUGCUAGGCUGGGUGAUAAAUGGACCACUCGAAAUUCAUGCGACUUCGAAUGAUACAUAUGUGUCCGUUAAUCGUGUAGAUGCAAAACUAAUGAACAACUUGGAGGAACAGAUUCGCAAUCAGUUUAAUCAUGACUUUAAUGAAAGAACUAUUGAUGACAAGUGUGAACCCUCAAAGGAAGACAGAAGAUUCCUAGAAUGUGUGUCAAAUUCUAUUCAUUUUGAAGAUGGACAUUACGUUAUAAGCCUUCCGUUUAAGUCAGAAAACGUGUGUUUACCUAACAACAGGAAACAAGUUGAACAAAGACUGUCUUCACUUCAGAAACGAUUUAGUCGUGAUGAAAACUUUCACAAAGAAUACUGUGUAUUCAUGAACAAGAUUCUUGAAGAAGGAUUUGCUGUCAAAGUUCCAGAUGAGAAAGUUAUUCAAGAUGACGGACAAGUGUGGUACCUACCUCAUCAUGGAGUAUACCAUCCUAAGAAAAGGAAGUUGAGAGUUGUGUUCGAUUGUGCAGCUCGAUAUCAGGGAACUUCAUUGAACGAACAACUGUUACAAGGACCGAAUCUCACAAAUACUCUGAUUGGUACACUCUUAAGAUUCAGACAAGAUGAGAUAGUGAUCAUGGGAGACAUCGAUAGCAUGUUUUAUCAAGUGAAAGUACCACAGGAGGAUGCAAGUUUCCUUAGAUUCUUAUGGUGGGAGGAUGGAAAUCCUAGAAAACGCAUAAUUGAGUACCAAAUGGUAGUACAUUUAUUUGGUGCAACAUCAUCGCCAAGUUGUGCAAAUUAUGCUUUGAGGAAAACAGCGCACGAUUACAAAGGACUUUACAACACUGAAGUCAUCAACACUGUCCUUAAAAACUUUUAUGUGGAUGACUGUUUGAAAUCAGUGAAAACCGUAACUGAAGCAUCUUCUCUGUUGUGUGAUUUGCAAGAUCUUCUUAUGAGAGGAGGAUUUCAUAUUACUAAAUGGAUUAGUAAUAGCCGAGAAGUUAUGACCUAUAUUCCAGUCUCAAGGAGAGCAAAGGAAGUCAAAGACUUGGAUUUGGAAAAUGAUACCCUUCCCAUCGAUAGAGCCCUGGGAGUUCAGUGGUGUGUUGAAAAUGAUGUUUUUUGUUUCAAGAUGGACAUUAAAGAUCAACCCUUAACGAGAAGAGGUAUCUUAUCCAUGGUGAGCAGUGUGUUUGACCCACUGGGAUUUUUGGCCCCGUUCACUCUAAAAACAAAGUGUUUACUACAAGAACUUUGUAAACUUCAGCUAGGAUGGGAUGAGAAGAUACCAGGACAUCUCGCACAACAGUGGAAUGAAUGGCUACAAGAUCUAGAGAGACUUUCUGACUUUAAAGUGUCAAGAUGUUAUAAACCUGUUGGAUUCGGAGAAAUAAAGUCCGUACAGCUACAUCACUUCGCAGAUGCCAGUGAACGUGGAUAUGGAACUGUAUCCUACUUAAGACAGGAGAACUUUGAUGGUGCAGUUCAUUGCUCAUUCGUUAUAGGCAAGUCACGUGUCGCUCCAUUAAAACAGACGACAAUUCCUCGACUAGAAUUGACAGCGGCUACAGUAGCAGUUCGCACAGAUAAGAUGUUGAAGUCCGAGUUAGAUGUACCUAUAGAUGAAACUGUGUUUUGGACAGACAGCAUGGCAGUUAUUCGGUAUAUAAGAAAUACCUCAUCUAGAUUUCACACUUUCGUCGCAAAUAGACUUGCAGUGAUUCCUGAAGGUUCCUUACCUGAUGAAUGGCGAUACAUCAAUACCAAACAAAACCCUGCUGAUCUUGCAUCAAGAGGCAUGUCCGCUAAUGACAUUCUUCAAGGAAAACAUUGGAUAACAGCACCUGAAGUCUUGUUAGCAAAAAAUGAUAGUUGGACUGAAAAACCAAUGGAACUUUCUGAUGAGAUACCUGUUGACGAUCCAGAGGUAAAAAAGAUCACAGUGAGGGCAGUUAUUCAUACACGUGAAUCCAGUGAUAAUCAUGUUGAUAGUGUUGAAAGACUCUUGAACUAUCAUUCCUCAUGGUACAAGUUAAAGAAAAGUGUGGCAUGGAUUCUCAAAGUAAAGAAAAAACUGUUUCUCAGAACUCAACGCAAAACACAACUAGAAAAUCAAGCAGCUGAGACAUGUUUAUCAGCUGAGGACUUGCAGGAAGCUGAAGUUGCUAUUUUGAAAUUCAUUCAAAGAAAAUAA